UUCACUGCAAACUAAAAUAUCAGUUUCAUCUAACAGAGCAAAGAUGCAGUGGAGUCUGUUCCUGCUCAUCCUGAUGGGUCAGUGCUCCUUCCUUGUGUGUCACCUCUAUGAGUACCACUUCAUUGAAGAGACAAAGACCUGGGAAGAAGCCCAGACGUAUUGCAGAGCGCAUUACACUGACCUGGCCACAGUGUUUGACAUGACAGACAUGACAGCCAUGAAGAGACUCCGUGGCAAUAAUCAAAGUGAAGCCUGGAUUGGGCUGCGGAACCACCCAGAUGCCGAAGGGACAUGGCACUGGUCUCUGCCAGGAAUGGAGUUCAAUAAGAGCGAGACGAGAUGGGCUGAAGGUGAGCCGAAUAAUAUCAAGCAUCCUGAGAACUGUGUUCGGAUGGACCAUCACGAAUGGAAGGAUGUCCCUUGUACUAUAGAGAAUCUGGAAUUUAUCUGCUAUGAUGCAAAGCAACCCAAUGAAAAAUUCCAUUUGAUUAAGAUUAAGAUGACCUGGCCACAGGCUCAGAACUACUGCAGAGAACAUCACACUGACCUGGCCAGUGGACUCCAACAGAUAGAAGACGAAGAAUUCAAAAAAGAUGAGACGCAGUCUAAUAAGAGCUUGUGGAUCGGCCUGUUCAAUGACACUUGGAAGUGGUCAGAUGAGAGCAAUUUCUCUUUCAGAAACUGGCAAAGGGACAGUUGGUCAGGCAGUAAGGAAUGUGCUGUGACUAAGUCGAAUGACAAAUGGAUGAAAAGAGACUGCGCUAAAAGGAAACCCUUCUUCUGCUAUGAAGAUAACGUGAUCCUGAUCAAAGAGAGCAAGACCUGGGAGGAGGCCUUAUAUUACUGCCAAGAUCACUACCAUGACCUGGUCUCCAUCACCAACCUUGACGAGCAGAGAUGGGUCCAAGAGAGAGCCAAGAUGGCCAACACACCCCACGUCUGGCUGGGACUGCGCUACACCUGCACUCUGGGUUUCUGGUUCUGGAUCAGUGACGAGGCAGUCGAAUACAAGAACUGGGACUCACCCGGACAGACGGAUGAAUGCGACAUGUCUGGAGCCAUGGACCGCGGAGGGCAACAUAAGUGGUUCAAAAAGAUUGACCACGGGGAGUUUAAUUUCAUCUGCUCUAUGGAGUAAAACCCAUCUACUCAUUGGUAGCAGGCGUUUUAUUCAUUUACUCACUUUGUUUGCAGUGGUGUGACACUUAUAUAUGUUCUCUGAAUGGCAUUCUGGGAAAUGCAGGCAUCACAACCUAAGGGGGGAGGGAGAGUGGCUACACUUAAGUCAAUAACGAAGUAUCACAAGAUAACUGAUGAUGUGACCCUGUAAACAGGUUUUUCUCUCUCCUUAUUCUGAUUCAGGAACAUGUUAUUUUCUGAAGUUGACGUUCCAUUGUCUUUCUCUUGAAGUGUGUAUCUU